CGCACGGCCGCACAGGCGCACACCAACAAGCGCAGCGAUGGCGGCCGCCGGGGACGGACAGACACAGACCCAGCCGCAGCAGGAGCCGGAGCCAGUGGCGGGAGCGGCGACUGGAGGCGGCGUGGUCGCGAAGCUGGAGGAGGAGUGGCGGAAGGCGAAGGAGCACGCGCAGACCUACCCAUACGUGUGGAGCUCCUACAUCCUCGUCUACGGCGGCCUCGGCGCCUACCUCGCCUGGCGCUGGCGUAAGCUCCGCCGCACCGAGGACCGCGUCCGCGUUCUUCAGGAUCGCCUCCGCAAGCUCUCCGCGGCCGAGGAAUCGCAGGUCUCCGCCCCCGGCUCCGCUUCCACUGCCUCGACCCCUCCCCGGCCGCAGCAGUCGGCUUCUGGGCCUGGAAAGCCCGCGUCAAGCCCGUGAAGGAGUAAGCUUCUUCUUUUUUUCAGCUUCUUGAGAUGACGGAUUGCAAGUUACAGAGCGAUUUCGGAAUCGUUUGAGCUUGUUGCUGUCCUUGUUACUUAUUUGGUUGGUGAUCUAGUUCAGAAGUAGAGGUGGAGGAUUACAAUACAAAGUGCUGAGACGUAUUCGAAUCAUUUGGGGGAAGCUUACAAUUUUGUAGAUCACGUGUGGUCAUUCCCACAAAGGAUUUGGAUUUACUGUUAAUGUCACCAAAACCCUCUUAGUGACAUCAUAACUUUUGACUCCAUGAUGCUGGUUUGCAGUUUUCUCCAUCCACUUCACUUGUUGUAGUAAUGUAUCACGCCUUAUACUGAUCUCGUCUUAUCUUCUUGAAUUAUCUUCAUUGGAGGAUAUUAUGUGCUGUUAUGUACAAUGGACAAAUGGAUUAUGGAUAUAGAAAGCUUAACCAACA